CACGCGCGGGAAGCUGCUCUUUCCAGGCUGGAUGCCAACCUGCCGGAACUGAGUUGCGGCGCUACACGUUUCCAGCCGGAAGAGACGACCAAAACGCCCGCGGAUCGGCAACAUGGCGGGGAAUAAGGCAGCUGUAGUGCUAUGUGUGGAUGUGGGCUCGUCCAUGAGUAACUGCUUUCCUGGUGAUGAAUCCCCCUUUGAACUAGCAAAGAAGGUCAUGAGCAUGUUUGUGCAGCGACAGGUGUUCUCGGAGAGCAAGGAUGAAAUUGCGUUAGUCCUUUUUGGUACAGAUGGCACUGAGAAUUCUCUUGCUGGUGAGGAUCAGUAUCAGAACAUCACGGUGCACAGACACUUGAUGCUACCAGAUUUUGACCUGCUAAGAGACAUCGAGAGCAAAAUCCAACCAGGUUCUCAACAUGCUGACUUUGUGGAUGCACUCAUCGUGUGCAUGGAUGUGAUUCAACAAGAAACUGUUUUGCCUUUCCCAAUUGACAAGGAAGAUGGGACUGCGAGCGGAGGAGAUGGCAGCAUGCAUUCAGACCAUAAUGGGCCUUCAUUUCCUUUGAAAGGAAUUACUGAGCAGCAAAAAGAAGGUAUUCAGAUAGUAAAACAGAUAAUGGUGUCCUUAGAAGGUGAAGACGGACUGGAUGAAAUUUAUUCCUUCAGUGAGAGUCUGCGGCAGCUGUGUAUCUUUAAGAAAAUUGAGAGACGUCCCAUGCCCUGGCCCUGUCAACUAACCAUUGGUUCCAAUUUGUCUGUAAGGAUUGUGGCGUAUAAAUCAAUUGUACCUGAAAAAGUUAAAAAGUCUUGGACAGUUGUGGAUGCAAGAUCACUAAAAAAAGAAGAUAUAAAAAAAGAAACAGUUUAUUGCUUGAAUGAUGAUGAUGAAACUGAAGUUCCCAAAGAGGAUACUAUUCAAGGGUUCCGCUAUGGAAGCGAUAUCAUUCCUUUCUCUAAAGUGGAUGAGGAACAAAUGAAGUAUAAAUCGGAAGGGAAGUGCUUUUCCGUUCUGGGGUUUUGUAAAGCUUCUCAGGUUCACAGGAAAUAUUUUAUGGGAAAUCAAGUUCUAAAAGUCUUUGCAGCAAAAGAUGAUGAGGCAGCAGCGGUUGCUCUUUCCUCUCUGAUUCAUGCUCUGGAUCAACUAGACAUGGUGGCCAUCAUUCGAUAUCUUUAUGACAAAAGAUCUAAUCCUCAAGUUGGCGUGACUUUUCCUUACAUCAAGGACACCUAUGAGUGCUUAGUGUACGUACAGCUACCUUUCAUGGAAGACUUGCGGCAGUACACCUUUUCAUCCUUGAAAAAUAAUAAGAAAUUCACUCCCACUGAGGCUCAGCUGAAUGCUGUCGAUGCUUUGAUUGACUCCAUGAACUUAGUAAAAUGCAAUAAGGAGGAAGAUACUAUUGAAGACUUGUUCCCAACUACCAAAAUCCCAAAUCCUCAAUUUCAGAGAUUAUUCCAGUGUCUGCUGCACAGAGCUCUACGGCCCCGGGAGCCUCUGCCUCCGAUUCAGCAGCAUCUUUUGGAAAUGCUGGAUCCCCCCACGGAGGUAACAGCUAAAUGCCAAGUUCCUCUUUCUAAAAUAAAGACCCUUUUCCCUCUGACUGAAGCCAUCAAGAAAAAAGACUUGUUAACUGCUCAGGAUGUCUUCCAAGACAAUCGUGAAGAAGGACCUGCCUGUAAAGAGUACAAGAUGGAGGAGGGGGAAACCCAUUUCCUUCUGUCCAGCCUGGCGGAAGGCAGCAUCACCAAAGUUGGCAGUGUGAACCCCGUUGAAAAUUUCCGUGUGCUUUUGAGGCAGAAGAAUGCCAGCUUUGAGGAAGUGAGUUUCCAGCUAGUAAAUCACAUUGAACAGUUUUUGGAUACAAAUGAAACGCCAUAUUUUAUGAAGAGCAUGGAUUGCAUCAAAGCCUUCCGGGAAGAAGCUAUUAAGUUUUCAGAAGAGCACCGCUUUAACAGUUUCCUGAAAGCCCUUCAAGAAAAAGUGGAAGUCAAGAAAUUAAAUCAUUUCUGGGAAAUUGUUGUUCAGGAUCAAAUUACUCUGAUCUCCAAAGAUGAAGCCUCUGGAAGCACAGUCACAGCUGAAGAAGCCAAAAAGUUCCUGGCCCCCAAAGAAAAUACAAAUGAGGACACAAGAGCCAUACUUGAAGAAGGUGGUGACGUGGAUGAUUUACUGGACAUGAUCUAACUCACGGAUGUGUGAGGCAUCUGUGAGACCUGCCGUCACUGUUGUGCUGGGACUUCCAUACGGAUCAGCCUGAAGAAAGCCAUUCCAGGAGAUCUGGGAGCUCUGUAGAUGGUCCCUGUAGGUUAUGCAAAGUAAUAAUAACAACAACAAUUCUGGAAUUAAUACAUGUAUAUGGGAUAGUAUAUAUUCUAUGCAAAUUUAUUAAAAUGGUGUGCUAUUUCAUAA